AAGGAGAAUUUCGUGCAGUGCUGGGCAAUUAACAGAAAUACCAGUUGUAUGUUGGCGAAUGAAAUUCAUGUUGAUCCAUUUUCGCUGAGCGAUCCGACAAUCAAAUCUCCGUUGAGCCGAGAACGAAUUCGCGUCCGGUUUGUGAACAGUGCCCCAGAAGCAGUCGAUUUGUGCUGGGUGGAUUGUCGAGGUAAAAUUGUUCGCUACGACAAGCUUUUUCGCGGGCAAUCAGCUGUUAUAUACACUUAUGUUGGUCAUUUUUGGGUAGCACGUUUUCUUCGAAACGGUGCACUCGCAUAUUUUCCGGAAUAUAAAACGGAAAUUUUUAAAGCAUCAAAGCAAGAAGUUGUUGUUAUCAAUUCGAAAGGUCACUAA